AUGGAAGACAUUAUCCAAAUCCUAUGUGCUUGGCUGUUCUGCCUUGUUGUGUUCUUCCUCGUAUAUAUUAGGUUGGUGCCGGCUCCCAAAAGUGGCCUCCCAAGAUCGUACCCCAUGUUCGGCCAUAUCUUUUCCAUGCUUAAGAACCAGAAGACGAUCUUGGACUGGACGGCGGAGAUUGUGCACAAGUGUCCGACGUCGACGUUCUACCUCCGGUUCCCAUUCGGCCGGGCGAGGGUUCUAACCGCCAACCCAAAGAACAUUCAGCAUAUAAUGAAGACGAGGUUUAAGGAUUACCCCAAGUCGAAGAACUUCGAGGUUUCUUUCUUGGACUUGUUCGGCGGGAGCCUUUUCCUCGCCGACGGGGAGUAUUGGAAGAAGCAGAGGCUGCUUUACGGCGCCGAGUUUCACUCCAAGUCUUUCAUUGGCUUCAUCGAGAAUAUCACCAAGAAGGAGAUUUCCGGCCGCCUGUUUCCUCUCCUCUCAGACGCCGCCGACAAGAAAACGGUCUUGGAUUUCCAGGAUAUUCUCCGGCGGUUCACUUUCGACGUGGUGGCCAUGCUCGGCCUCGGCCACGACCUCGCCUACCUCUCGCCGUCGCUCCCGGAAAUGGAGUUCGGAGACGCGUUUGAUGACGCCAUCGAGAUAAGCUGGAAUAGGUGCCUCUCCCCGUUCAUGUCGUUGUGGAAAGUUCAGAAGAUUCUAGACGUCGGGACUGAGUGGCGGCUCCGCCGGGCGGUGGCUAUACUCCGGAGAUUGAUCAGGAAGUUAAUUAGAGAAAGGAAGGAGUAUGGCGAUGAUUUCUUGUCGAGGUUAAUGAGCCGGAAAAUAUCAGACGAAACGUUCCUUAUCGACGCCGCCAUUGCCAUCGUUCUCGGCGGCGUCGACACCAUGGUUUCCGCUUUCACUUGGCUGUUCUGGAUUAUCGCUCAGCACCCCGAGGUAGAAAAGAAGAUCCUAGCCGAAAUCGAAGAUUACGAUAACGGAAAACUCAAAGAUCUGGUAUACACUCACGCCGCCAUUGCGGAAAGCAUGAGGCUCAACCCGCCGGUCCCGCUAGAAGGAAAACAAGCCAGGGAGGACGACGUGUGGCCGGACGGGACGAGAGUGCAGAAGGGCAUGGGCGUCAUUUGCCACACCUACGCGGUGGGGCGAUCGGCGGAGCUGUGGGGGGAUGACUGGGCGAAAUUCCGGCCGGAGCGGUGGCUGAAGAAGGAAGAGGGGGAGGAGCAGUGGAGUUUCGUCCCAAAGGACGCUUUCAACUACCCAAUCUUUCAGGCCGGGCCGAGGAUAUGCCUGGGGAAGGAUAUCGCAUUCAUGCAGCUUAAGUGGGUGGCGGCCGCCGUCUUGCGGCGGUUCCACGUGGUGGCCGUCGCGGGUAGCGGCCAGCCACUGUGUGUGUCGUACAUCAGUUGCAGGAUGAAGGAAGGAUUCCCGGUACGAAUUGUGGAGCGUAGCAAAAUCCAUUAA